AUGUCGAGCGACAAGCCGGUUUCGGCAGCACCGGGCUCGGCUUCGCUGACGGAUACGGAUCGGGACUCUCACCAGCCGCCGGGCUCCGCGCCGCCGCCGCACGGCGUUACGGGCGCUGGCCUCGCCGCCGCCACCGGGGAGAGGAUGGUGUCCGCAGCCAGCUCUAUGGUCCUCCCGGCCGGGGUGAUCAACCCCGCCGUCCCGAUCAGGAAUAUUCAGAUGAAAUUCGCCGUACUGGUGGGCCUGAUCCAGGUCGGGGAGGUUAGCAACCGGGACAUCGUGGAGACGGUGCUGAACCUGCUGGUGGGUGGCGAGUUUGAUCUGGAGAUGAACUUCAUCAUCCAGGAGGCGGAGAGCAUCGGCUGCAUGGUGGAGCUGCUGUCUCACUGCGAGGUGACCUGCCAGGCCGAGAUCUGGAGCAUGUUCACCGCCAUCCUGCGCAAGAGCGUACGCAACCUGCAGACCAGCACCGAGGUGGGCCUCAUCCAGCAGGUGCUGCUCAAGAUGAGCUCCGUGGACGACAUGAUAGCAGACCUUCUGGUGGACAUGCUGGGGGUGAUGGCAAGCUACAGCAUCACAGUCAAGGAGCUGAAGUUGCUCUUCAGUAUGCUGAGGGGUGAUAAUGGCAUCUGGCCAAGACAUGCUAUCAAGCUGCUGUCCGUGCUGAACCAGAUGCCCCAGAGACAUGGCCCCGACACCUUCUUCAACUUCCCAGGACGCAGUGCGGCGGCUAUAGCUUUGCCGCCAAUCGCUAAGUGGCCGUACCAGAACGGGUUCACCCUCAACACCUGGUUCAGACAGGACCCUCUUAACAACAUCAACGUGGACAAAGACAAACCUUACCUUUAUUGCUUUCGCACCAGUAAAGGGAUAGGUUACUCCGCUCACUUCGUUGGUAACUGUCUGAUCGUGACGUCACUCAAGUCAAAAGGAAAAGGCUUCCAGCACUGCGUGAAAUAUGAUUUCCAGCCCCGCAAGUGGUACAUGAUCAGCAUCGUCCACAUCUACAACCGCUGGAGGAACUCCGAGAUCCGUUGCUACGUUAACGGACAGCUGGUCUCCUACGGCGACAUGGCCUGGCAUGUCAACACCAAUGAUAGCUACGACAAGUGUUUCCUGGGUUCGUCUGAGACGGCGGACGCUAACAGGGUGUUCUGCGGUCAGCUGGGAGCCAUUUAUGUGUUCAGCGAAGCUCUGAACCCUGCUCAGAUCUUCGCCAUUCACCAGCUCGGCCCCGGCUACAAGAGCACCUUUAAGUUCAAGUCGGAGAGCGACAUUCACCUGGCCGAGCACCACAAACAAGUGCUGUACGACGGCAAGCUGGCGAGCUCCAUAUCCUUCACUUACAACGCCAAGGCCACCGACGCCCAGCUCUGCCUGGAGUCGUCCCCCAGGGAAAACCCGUCCAUCUUCGUCCAUUCACCACACGCACUCAUGCUUCAGGACGUGAAGGCCAUAGUGACCCACUCCAUCCACAGUGCCAUCCACUCCAUAGGAGGCAUCCAGGUCCUUUUCCCCCUCUUCUCCCAGCUGGACUACAGGCAGCUGAACGACAGCACCGUGGACACAACAGUCUGUGCUACUCUGCUGGCGUUCUUGGUGGAGCUGUUGAAGAGCUCGGUGGCCAUGCAGGAGCAGAUGCUCGGAGGGAAGGGAUUCCUGGUGAUCGGAUAUCUGUUAGAGAAGUCUUCACGGGUUCACAUCACCAGGGCGGUGCUGGAGCAAUUCCUGUCCUUCGCCAAGUACCUGGACGGUUUGCCACACGGAGCACCGCUUCUCAAACAGCUCUGCGACCAUGUCCUCUUCAACGCGGCCAUCUGGAUACACACCCCAGCCAAGGUCCAGCUGUCCCUCUACACGUACCUGUCGUCGGAGUUCAUCGGCACCGCCACCAUCUACACCACCAUCCGCCGUGUGGGCACCGUCCUGCAGCUGAUGCACACGCUCAAGUACUACUACUGGGCCAGCAACCCUCUGGAGUGCAGCGGCAUCGCCCCCAAAGGCCUGGAUGGACCACGGCCGUCUCAAAAAGAGAUCAUCUCGCUCAGAGCCUUCAUGCUGCUCUUCCUCAAACAGCUCAUCUUAAAGGUACUGACCGGGGGUGUGAAGGAGGACGAGUUACAGAGCAUCCUGAACUACCUACUGACCAUGCACGAGGUAAAACACUCACUCCUGGCUUACCUGUGCACUCUGAGGAAGGUGGAGAUCAUGCACACACACAGUCUGUUCACGCUGCUGGGGGAGAGGCUGAUGAUGCACACCAACACCGUGUCCGUCACCACCUACAACACGCUGUACGAGAUUCUGACGGAGCAGGUGUGUACCCAGGUGGUCCAUAAACCUCACCCAGAGCCGGACUCCACCGUCAAGAUCCAGAACCCCAUGAUCCUCAAAGUGGUGGCCACCCUGUUGAAGAACUCCACCCCCAGUGCCGAGCUGAUGGAGGUCAGGAGGCUGUUCCUCUCCGACAUGAUCAAGCUCUUCAGCAACAGCCGCGAGAACCGACGCUGCCUGCUGCAGUGCUCAGUGUGGCAGGACUGGAUGUUCUCCCUGGGCUACAUCAACCCCAAGAAUCCCGAGGAGCAGAAGAUCACCGAGAUGGUCUACAACAUCUUCAGGAUCCUACUGUACCAUGCCAUCAAGUACGAAUGGGGAGGAUGGAGAGUCUGGGUUGAUACCCUCUCCAUCGCACACUCCAAGGUCACCUAUGAGGCCCAUAAAGAGUACUUGGCAAAAAUGUAUGAGGAGUACCAGCGUCAGGAGGAAGAGAACAUGAAGAAGGGGAAAAAGGGCUCCGUCUCCACCAUCUCUGGGCUCUCUGCCACACCUGCCCCUGUCGUCAACGGCAACCUGGAAACAGACGACACCUCCCAGACACAGACGCCCGAGAGCGAGGCUGAGUACAGCGAGGGCGCCACCGGAGACUCCCGCAAUCUCCUGGCUGAGGGCGCCGUGAAGAGACCCAACGGGGAGGCCCUGACGCCAGGGGAUCAGAGCGCGGGGCCUGGGGUCAGGGUGGAGGUACAUGACCUCCUGGUGGACAUCAAGGCAGAGAAGGUGGAGGCCACUGAGGUGAAGCUGGACGACCUUGACCUGUCUCCCGAAGGCCUUGGGGGAAGUGUGGGAGGAGGGGGCGGAGGGGGAAUGGAGAACGGGCCUCUGGUGGAGGUCGACUCUCUCCUGGACAGUGCCUAUUGUGCUGUGGUCCAGAACCUGAAUGGGAACCUGGCACAUAAAGAUGAACCAGCGGGCUCCGGGGUUGGCCUGGGGUUGACAGGGGUCAGCCUGGAGGAUGAUGGGAACAUGGGGCCUCUCAUCACACUGGCCGAUGAGAAGGACAGCGUACCCAGCAACAACGGAUUCCUUUUCAGCAAGGUGGACGAGAAGUUACUCCCAGCUUUGGCAGCGACGGAUCCCCUGGUCCUGCCCAGCCCAGACCAGCCCAAUACAUCGGUCCCGGCCCACUCCUCCACCAGCGCUAGUGACGACCUCAGCCUGCUGGCCCACAUGACCAGCUGUGGCUCGGAUUUGACCCAGACCCAGAGCCACCCUCCUGUAGAACUCCCAGAGGACGGGCCUUUCAAGAUUCAGAGCCCCCUGGCUGACAUCAGCUCAAUCGCUGAGGCUGAGAGCCAAGCCCAGGCUCAGGGAACCUCCAGGCCUGAGUACCCAGAGGGACUGGGUCCAUCUGGGACAGAGGGAGAGGCCGCAGGGCUCAAAACCGGAGGAGACACGACCAGUACCACCUCUGAUACUGAGAGGUCUGAUGAUGGAAAGGAUAAGGAUAUCAAGAAGAUCCAAACCACCACCACUACCCAGGCUCACCACGGUCGUAGCGCGGCCCAGCUGGAGCGAGAUCUGCGCGUGGACCUUGGUUUCAGGGGCAUGCCGAUGACGGAGGAGCAACGCCGGCAGUUCAGCCCCGGCCCGCGCACCACCAUGUUCCGCAUCCCGGAGUUCAAAUGGUCUCCCAUGCACCAGAGGCUCCUCACCGACCUGCUGUUUGCCCUGGAGACCGACGUACACGUGUGGAGGAGCCACUCCACCAAGUCGGUGAUGGAUUUCGUGAACAGCAACGAGAACAUCAUCUUCGUCCACAACACCAUCCACCUCAUCUCCCAGAUGGUGGACAACAUCAUCAUCGCCUGCGGAGGCAUUCUGCCUCUGCUCUCCGCCGCCACGUCCCCCUCCAGUUCUAAGGGUAGUGCCAACACUAAGGCAGCAGGAUCGGGACCCCAGAGGGGGUCAAAGGGAGAGGAAGUGACCCCCGUCCCCGGGGGCGGAGGCCCCGGGGGAGAGGCGGAGUUGGAGAACAUCGAGGCGACACAGGGCAUGUCUUCGGAGACGGCCGUCACCUUCCUCUCCCGUCUCAUGGCCAUGGUGGAUGUGCUGGUGUUCGCCAGCUCCCUCAACUUCAGCGAGAUCGAGGCGGAGAAGAACAUGUCCUCGGGCGGGCUGAUGAGGCAAUGCCUCCGACUGGUGUGUUGUGUCGCGGUGAGGAACUGUCUGGAGUGCAGGCAGAGACAGAGAGACAGAGGAUGCAAGUCGUCGCUAACCAGCAGCAAGUCACAGGACAGCCUCCACAGUGCCUCCACAGCCAGCAAGCAGGAUCCGGACAGACUGCUUCAGGAUGUAGACAUUAAUCGUCUCCGAGCUGUGGUCUUCAGAGAUGUGGAUGACAGUAAGCAGGCUCAGUUUCUGGCACUGGCUGUCGUCUACUUCAUCUCCGUUCUUAUGGUUUCCAAGUACCGGGACAUCCUUGAACCACAGCGUGAGAUCGGCAGGUCCACCAGCCUAUCGGGAAGAAGCAUCCGACAUGAAAUAAACUCCCCCACCAGUACAGAGCACCCAUCCUCGUCCUUCUCUGACCGUGACAAGCAGACCCCCACCCCUGUAGAUGACUCUCCUCGAUCCGGCCUCCCUCACACGGACUCCGGCAUCGGGGAAGAGGGCCAUGUGGCCGGGUCACUGAACGGUUCGGAAAUGGGCCUGGGGCUCGGCCUCGGCCUGGUGGGGAGAGAGACAGACAGAGAUAGAGACAGAGACGGCGGAGCCGGAGGGACAGCGGACCUGCUGUGUAGCCUGUCCUCUGACGUCAGGAGGUCGCAGGAGAGCCUUCUGGAUUCUCCUCACAACCCUAAUUCCACCUCCAACACUGGCCAAGCGCCGCCCUCCUCUAUCUCCAGCAUCAGCCAGACUAACAAGGGCAUCAAUGUCAAGGAAAUCCUGAAAAGCCUUGUAGCUGCCCCUGUUGAUGGCGGGGAGGCUGGACAGGAGACCGGGCCGACACCUUACCACCCAGAUCCCGCCCUGAAGACACACCCCAUGCUGCCAAUGCAGUUCCACUCCUUUGACAGGAGCGUGGUGGUGCCAGUCAAGAAACCGCCGCCCGGUAGCUUGUCCGUCAACACGGUGGGCACGCCCACCACCAGCGGAGCGGCCACCCCUGGCAGCACGCCCAAUAUCUUCGCCGCUGCCACGGCGACGCCUAAGAGCAUGAUAAACACAACAGGUGCCACAGACUCGGCUUCCUCUUCCUCAUCCUCAUCCUCGUCCUUUGUCAACGGCGCAACCAGUAAGAACCUGCCGGCGGUGCAGACAGUUGCGCCCAUGCCAGAGGACACCAUGGAGAACAUGAGUGCCUAUUGUGAGAUGGAGCAGUGUGCACUGCGCAGCGGUCAGACGCCCCCUGAGCUCAAGUCUUUUAGCUCGCUGGCAGGCUUCCAGGCAGCCCCCCGAGAUGCAGGACAGUGUUUUAGCAUCACCACCAAGCUUGAGCGUGCGCUGGAGAAGGUGGCCCCUCUGCUGAGGGAGAUUUUCGUGGACUUCGCCCCCUUCCUCUCCAGGACGCUGCUGGGUAGCCAUGGGCAGGAACUGCUCAUAGAAGGUACAGGUCUGGUGUGUAUGAAGUCCAGCACGUCUGUGGUGGAGCUCGUAAUGCUUCUGUGCUCUCAGGAGUGGCAGAACUCCAUCCAGAAGAAUGCCGGGCUGGCCUUCAUCGAGCUCAUCAAUGAAGGAAGACUCCUGUGCCACGCUAUGAAGGACCAUAUUGUACGUGUUGCCAACGAAGCAGAAUUUAUUCUCAACCGACAGAGGGCUGAGGACGUACACAAACAUGCUGAGUUUGAGUCUAACUGUGCCCAGUACGCUGCAGACCGGAGGGAGGAGGAGAAAAUGUGUGAUCACCUCAUCAGUGCCGCGAAGCACAGGGAUCAUGUGACUGCCAACCAGUUGAAACAGAAGAUCCUCAACAUCCUGACCAAUAAGCAUGGGGCAUGGGGGACGAUGUCGCAGAGCCAAUUACAUGACUUCUGGCGUCUAGACUACUGGGAGGACGACCUCAGGAGAAGGCGGAGAUUCGUACGGAACGCCUUUGGAUCCACCCACGCUGACGUGCCGCUCAAAACCUUGGAGGAGUAUGGCACAGAGGAGGGGGAAGAGGGGUUUAAGUCAAAGAAGAGCUUCCGCAGUCAGUCGGUGGUCAGCCAGAACCCGGAGGCAGAGCUGAUGCUGGAGGGAGACGAUGAUGCUGUCAGCCUGCUGCAGGAGAAAGAGAUUGACAACCUCGCUGUACGUUUCCGUCCACGACUUUUUACUUCCAGAGGCCCGGUUGUGCUGAGUACUCCGGCCCAGCUCGUAGCCCCUGUAGUGGUGGCCAGAGGCACGCUGUCCAUCACCACCACCGAGAUUUACUUCGAGGUGGACGAAGAGGACCCCGCUUUCAAGAAGAUUGAUUCCAAAGUGUUGGCGUACUCCGAGGGUCUUCACGGCAAGUGGAUGUUCAGUGAGAUCCGUGCCGUGUUUUCCAGACGCUACCUGCUGCAGAACACCGGACUGGAGGUCUUUAUGGCCAAUAGGACGUCUGUGAUGUUUAACUUCCCCGACCAGGCCACAGUUAAGAGAGUGGUCUACAGCCUACCACGGGUGGGAGUAGGAACGAGCUACGGUCUGCCACAGGCCAGGCGGAUUUCCUUGGCAACCCCCCGUCAGUUGUUCAAGUCCUCCAACAUGACUCAGCGCUGGCAGAGGAGAGAGAUCUCCAACUUCGAGUACCUCAUGUUCCUCAACACUAUCGCAGGGAGGACCUAUAAUGAUUUGAACCAGUACCCUGUCUUCCCCUGGGUGUUGACCAACUAUGACUCUGAGGAGCUGGAUCUCACUCUACCUGGCAACUUCAGGGACCUCUCUAAGCCAAUUGGAGCCCUGAACCCCAAGCGGGCGGCGUUCUAUGCGGAACACUAUGAGUCGUGGGAGGAAGACGGCACACCUCCACACCACUACACCACCCUGUACUCGACCGCCCAUUCAACCCUGAUGUGGAUGGUCAGGAUAGAGCCCUUUACAACGUUUUUCCUCAACGCCAAUGACAACAAGUUUGACAAUCCGGAGAGAGCGUUUUCUGGCAUUGGUCGCUCUUGGAGGAACUGCCAGAGGGACACGGCAGACGUCAAGGAGCUGAUCCCUGAGUUCUACUACCUGCCAGAGAUGUUCGUCAAUAGUAAUGAGUACGAGCUGGGUGUGCGCGAUGACGGGGUGCCUGUCUGUGAUGUGGAACUUCCUGCCUGGGCCAAGAAACCGGAGGACUUUGUUCGCAUCAACCGCAUGGCGUUGGAGAGCGAGUUUGUGUCAUGCCAACUUCACCAGUGGAUUGAUCUAAUAUUUGGCUACAAGCAGCGAGGUCCAGAGGCAGUGCGAGCUCUCAAUGUUUUCAACUUCCUGUCCUAUGAGGGAGCUGUCAACCUCGACAAUCUAGAAGCCGUGCAACGAGAGACAAUGGAGGCCCAGAUUCAGGCAUCUGGUCAGGUUCCCUCCCAGCUACUAAUUGAGCCACAUCCACCCCGCUCCUCAGCCAUGCACCUGUGUUUCCUUCCUCAGAGUCCUCUGAUGUUUAAGGAUCAGAUGCAGCAGGAUGUCAUCAUGGUGCUCAAGUUCCCCUCCAACUCCCCUGUCACGCACGUGGCGGCCAACACGCUCCCCCACCUCAGCAUACCAGCAGCCGUCACCGUCACGUGCAGCCGGCUGUUUGCCGUCAACCGCUGGCACAACACAGUCGGUCUCCGUGGAGCUCCAGGGUACUCCUUAGAACAGGCCCAUCACCUGCCGAUUGAGAUGGACCCUCUCAUAGCAAACAACUCGGGCAUGAACAAGCGACAGAUCACUGACCUGGUGGACCAGAGCAUCCAGAUCAACACACACUGUUUUGUGGUCACCGCUGACAACCGCUACAUCCUGGUCUGCGGCUUCUGGGACAAGAGCUUCCGCGUCUACUCCACUGAGACUGGAAAGCUGACCCAAAUAGUUUUCGGCCAUUGGGACGUGGUGACGUGUUUGGCCAGGUCAGAGUCUUACAUCGGAGGAGACUGCUAUAUUGUCUCUGGCUCCAGAGACGCCACGCUACUGCUGUGGUACUGGAGUGGACGGCACCACAUCAUCGGGGACAACCCCAACAACAGUGACUACCCUGCGCCGAGAGCAGUACUUACAGGCCACGACCACGAGGUGGUGUGUGUGUCUGUCUGUGCAGAGCUGGGGCUAGUCAUCAGCGGAGCCAAAGAGGGCCCCUGCUUGGUCCACACCAUCACCGGGGACUUGCUGAGGGCCCUGGAGGGGCCGGAGCUUUGCCAGCGGCCCCGCCUCAUCUCUGUCUCCAGUGAGGGCCACUGCAUCAUCUGCUACGAGAGGGGCCGCUUCUGCAACUUCAGCAUCAACGGGAAGCUGCUCGCCCAGAUGGAGGUCAACGAUUCCACGCGGGCUAUCCUGUUAAGCAGUGACGGCCAGAAUCUGGUGACGGGAGGGGAUAAUGGGGUAGUGGAGGUGUGGCAGGCCUGCGACUUCAAACAGCUUUACAUCUACCCGGGCUGUGACGCCGGCAUCCGCGCCAUGGACCUCUCGCAUGACCAGAGGACUCUGAUCACCGGCAUGGCGUCCGGGAGCAUCGUCGCUUUCAACAUCGACUUUAACCGCUGGCAUUACGAACACCAGAACAGGUACUGAGGCGGCGAGAGUGAAGUAGAAGAAGUGAACGGGGUAAAGAGCGAGAGAGAGAGAGCGAGAGGAGAGCAGAAGAG